GUCUACUAUCAAAUACUCACAAUCGCUUUCUUUCCAACCACGAGCGAGUGGGUCACAAGUACGUUGAUAUAUACAAACCACCGACCUGUCUUGUGAAAUGAGUUGCAGACAGGUGUAUGAUACGUGGCAAAAAUAAUAUUGACGAGGUUUGCCUGUUUGUUCAAUUUACUGCUGUCAGGCGCGAAACCCCCAAAUUCUGUUUGACAGCUGUUUUUGAGGAGGAACAAUCUGCGUGUGAUUUCACAGUUGAGUCAUCACCGUUUGGACGCUGGGACUUGGAGAAAUGGCAAAACGAAACACUUUAUUUAUCAGAAUUGUGGAGGGGAAAAAUUUGCCAAUUAAGGACAUAACUGGAAGCAGUGAUCCAUAUUGCAUCGUGAGGAUUGACAAUGAGGCCAUCAUUAGGACGGCUACGAUAUGGAAGACGCUCUCUCCCUUCUGGGGGGAGGAGUAUAACGUUCACCUGCCCCCGUCCUUCCAUACCAUCUCCUUCCAUGUGCUGGAUGAGGACUCUCUGAGCCGUGAUGACGUCAUCGGGAAGGUAUCCAUCAAUAAGGAAGCCUUGGCUGCCAAACCACAAGGGCUGGACGGCUGGGUGAACCUAACUGAGAUUGACCCAGAUGAGGAGGUGCAAGGGGAGAUUCACCUCCAGAUAUCAGUGUUAGGGGACGUCCCCAGAAUACUGCGCUGCCAAGUACUGGAGGCCAGAGACCUUGCAAAAAAGGAUCGCAAUGGAGCGUCGGACCCUUUUGUCAGAGUACAAUACAACUGCAAAACCCACGAAAGUGCGGUGGUCAAGAAGUCCUGUUAUCCGCGCUGGAACGAGAGCUUUGAGUUUGAGCUGGACGAUGCCCCCCUGGACACACCUCUGAGUGUUGAGGUGUGGGAUUGGGACCUGGUCAGCAAGAAUGACUUCCUGGGAAAGGUUUUGUUCAACAUCCACAGAUUACAGUCAGCCCACCAGGAGGAGGGCUGGUUUCGCCUGGUCCCUGAUAAGCCCAAACAUAGUCAGCAUGAGGGCACUCUAGGAUCUCUGCGCCUGCAGCUGCGCUUCCGAGAUGAGACGGUCCUGCCCUCCAGCCACUACCAACCACUUACGGAGCUGCUGUGCCAAUCCGUGGGCCCCCAUCUUAAUGGCAAUUGGCCAGAUUUGAUCAUGCUCAUCGAUGAGACCACUACAGCUGAGAGUCGACAGGAAGUGGCCUCCAACCUGGUGAAGCUCUUCCUGGGUCAGGGAUUGGCCAAGGAGUUCCUUGAUGUUCUCUUCAAGCUGGAGUUGGACAAGACUAGUGAACCCAACACCUUGUUUCGCAGCAACUCCUUGGCAUCGAAGUCCAUGGAGUCAUUUUUAAAGGUGGCAGGCAUGCAGUAUCUGCACAGGCUUCUGGGCCCCUUGAUCAACAGGAUCUUUGAGGAGAAGAAGUAUGUAGAGCUGGACCCUAACAAAGUGGAGUUGAAGGAGGCUGGGUGUACGGGCCUCCACCGGGUGCACACUGAGGCUGAGGUGAUCCAGCAGAGCACAGCCCUGCAGUCCUACCUUUCUGAGUUGCUCCAUGCGAUUGUCCAGUCAGCCUCCUACUGCCCUGUUGCACUCUGCCAGGCCUUCCAACAGCUCUACCAGUGCGUCAACAAGCGCUUUCCUGAGCCUGAGUAUAGGAAGGUGAAGUUUAUAGCCGUGACCAGUUUCCUGUGUCUGCGCUUCAUCUCUCCGGCUAUCAUGUCCCCCAAGCUUUUCCACCUCCGGGAGAAACAUGCGGACGCCCGCACCAGUCGCACACUGCUGCUACUGGCUAAGGCCAUUCAGACCAUUGGCAACCUGGACACUCUGACCUGCUGUUCCAAAGAGCCCUGGAUGGUGCCACUGCAGCCAGCCAUCCAGCUGGGUAUCACCCAGCUCAAAGACUUCAUCAUUAGACUGGUCAGCUGUGACAACUCUGAAGACCUGGGCCUGCAGCAGAGGAUGAGUCUCCAGUGUGGCUCCAUGGAGAAGGAGGGCUUCAUUCUCCUACACAGGACCAAGGACAAGAGCAUGCUGAUGACAUCACCUUUUAAGAAGUACUACGUCACCCUCAGCAAAGACACCCUGUCUUACGCCCGAACCCAGCACUCCAAGAAGAGCUCCUUCAUCUCCCUGCCCAGGAUCCGAGCAGUGGAGAAGGUGGAGGAGAAGAGCUUUGGCAGUGCCAACGUCAUGCAGAUCAUCUCCAGCCGAGACAAUGGCCUGGUGGAGACACUGUACCUGGACUGUAAGAGUGUGAAUGAGCUGAAUCAGUGGCUCUCGGCCCUGAGAAAAGCCUGCAGCCACAACACAGACACUAUGAGCUCCUACCACCCAGGGAUAUACAAAGGAGAUCGAUGGAGCUGCUGCCACCAGAAGGACAAAGCAGACCCAGGAUGUGACAAGACCAAACACGGGGUGACGUUACAGGAGUGGUACGAUCCCCUCGACCCAGAUCUGGAAUCCCAGCUCAUCUAUCGACACCUUAUUGGAGUCCGACAAGCUUUGAGGAAAAGAUACCAAGAGAUGAUCAAGCCAGAAGAAGAGGAUGACAGAGAGACUUUGGAAGGUAGGGUUCUUGAAGCUUUUUUCUUUUCAUAAAGAUACUGUAACAAUAUACACUGAUCAAAAAAAUAAAGGGAACACUUAAACAACACAAUGUAACUCCAAGUCA